AUCCAAGCAUCGUCUGCUUCCUGUAGUCAAAACUGAAAUCAAAACUAGAAUCUUGCAUAUUAAAUUGUAUUCCGUCAUUGCUGCUUUCUUAAGUAAAAGAAAUAACGAUUGAACAAUGGCUGCCAUAGAGUCCACAAAUAGACUUAUACACUUUCAAAGCCUAUUAAAACCCUGGUUACCGACUGCCACGGCAAUAAGGUGGAGAACAAGAAAACCGAAUAUUCAAAGACCUAUUCCAGAUCAUUACGUUAAGGCCCGGUAUAAGGCUGCUCUUGAACCUAUCUACCCAGAUCCUUUAACUAGCGUGCCAUGGUUUCAAGUUUGUGGCAACAUUUUAGCCAAAAAAGAGGAUGAAGAGGUCGGCAAAUAUGAAGAACUUUUAGCUAAGCUGUUUCACUCAAGAUUUGCUGACUCACAGUUGAUUGCCAUUUUUCAUGAAAAUUCUACUAAAGCACAUGAAAUUAUUAAGAUCAAGCAAAUGCUGCAUGGUCAUAACAUGAAAAUGGUCUUUGGAAGCAGAAAAAUUGCUACCAUGGCCUUAGCAAACACGGAAUUUGAGCCUGUUCUGAGGUUACAUGUUGGCAAAACUGCUUACCUAUGUAGCAAAGACCUGCAAGUCUCUAAGCUUUUAAAAUUUACAAAGAAAAUGGCUAGCUUUGUUCUGCUGGGUGGCGUAGUCCAAGGAAGACUACUUACGCGUAAUGAGCUGCUAUGGUGUUCUACCUUACCAGACAUAAAUAUGCUCCGUGCCGAACUUUGUUCCAUCCUGACGUCUUCUACGAGUCAAUUAAGCCAAUCCUUGACAUACCAACAGCAGCAGUUGGCACGGUCACUUGAACAACAUAUCAAGCAAAACGGUGAAACUUCUUACGAUGGAGAAAGUUAAAAAUGUGUAUUGCAGGAAUGUUAGAGAAAUUAAACAGUGUAAGAAACCUUA